CAGCUCAGCUAGAGCACCUGCUACUAUUCAAUUCCACAACUUCCUACAUAACAAACACCCUUCGUUACAUCCUCAGCUAUUAGCUGACCAGAGUAUACUGAUUUUUUCAUCGUUUCAUCCUAAUCGAUACUCUCUACAACAAUCGAACUCUACGAAGAAUGACGACUCUAGCCGGCAACCCUCUUAGCGAGGCCAUCGGAUACUCCUUCUCCAAUGCGAAUAGUGCUCCCCAUAGAGAGCACUCUUUCUAUCCCUAUACGGAUAACGGCGGUUCUACCCUGGGCAUUACUGGCUUUGAUUUCGCGAUCCUGGCUGGAGAUACUCGAUCCGUUGCAGGAUACAACAUCAACUCUCGUUAUGUUCCCAAGGUGUUCAAAAUUGGCGGUGAUGAUGAGUCUGGUGAAGGUGCCAAUAUCGUCUUGUCAGUCGUGGGCUUCGCAGCAGAUGGCCAGGCCCUUAAAGAGCGACUAGAUGCAGUGGUGAAGAUGUACAAAUACCAACACGGAAAGCCCAUGUCCGUGAGAGCCUGUGCCCAACGCUUGUCAACGAUUCUUUACCAGAAACGGUUCUUCCCCUACUAUGUGCAUGCUAUCUUAGCAGGCUUGGACGAGGAUGGUAAGGGUGCCUUGUACAGCUACGAUCCGGUUGGAUCGUACGAGAGAGAGCAAUGCAGGGCUGCAGGGUCUGCAGCAAGUCUUAUCAUGCCGUUCCUGGAUAACCAGGUCAACUUCAAAAACCAAUAUAUCCCGGGCAGCGGAGAAGGGCAUGCCCUUGAGCCCAAGAAAGCGGAGCCACUGCCGAGAGAUACUGUUGAACAGCUGGUACGAGAUGCAUUCACCAGCGCCGUCGAAAGACAUAUUGAGGUCGGAGAUGGCUUGCAGAUGAUGGUUAUUACCAGGAGUGGGGUGGAGGAGAUCUACUAUCCGUUGAAGAAGGAUUAGGCAUACCAGAGCCCAGAUUAGUCGAUGCUUCACCAGCCUAAUUUAGUCUUAUACUCUUGCGAUAAUUUUCUCAAUAUGAAUAGAUAAAAAAUAUCCAGUGGAGUAAUCCUUCCCUCGUUUCUGUGUCGUCAUAUCCAUUAUGCUCUAU